CUCCGGGCCCCACUCUGCCUCGGUGGACGCUGCAUUGGACGCAAUGGCCUCACACAACUUGGUCUUUGUCAUCGAUGUGGAUUAUGGAGGUCGUGAUCCUGGCGAUCAGCUGGGUGUCAGGAACCACUUAGUGAAACGAGGACUGUUGCAGAUUUUGCUGCAUUUCGGUUACAAGUCCGGAUUCGAGAAGGUGCGCUGGGGCUAUAAGUUCUUCCAGUCUAGGGGUGGACGUAAUGCCAGCCUCAUAUCAAGGGGGUCUGACUUCAAGGAGCUAAGGCACAAAACCUUUGAGGACUUUGAGUUGGAGUUUGAUGGUAAGUUUGACGUGAAGGACAAACCGUGGCCUUCUCGGCAGCAGCAGCAGGUCUGUCCGUCUGCUUCAGUUCAAAACGCUCUCAAAGAAACCCUGCUAGACUUCCAGUGGGACCGACCAGACAUCACCUCUCCCACCAAGCUGUGCCUGAGACCCAGAAGGUCGAGCCGAGCUGGCAAGCCCAGUGUUUCACAGGAGGAGGACGUUUCCAGCAACGGGAGGAAUGUGGUGUUUGUGGUCUCCGAGUGUCCACGUACCAGGAUGCAGCUGCUGGACUAUCUCUCUUUGGGGAACCAGGACCUGCCUACAGAUGGGACAGAUCACAUCAUGUCCAGGGGUCUUCAGGACAUGCUGGCUCAGAGACAGGUUGUGCUGCACUGGAUCGAUAGUACAUCGCAUGUCCAGGUGCUGAGGUCUGAGGACUGUCUCGGCUCUGAUAAGCUGUGUGAGGUCCUGGCUCAGUUGGGCGGCAGAGUGAUCCCUGUGGUUGCACUGCUGAACCUGUGCUGCGUUCAGGAGACAGACUCAGGCUUCAAGCCAGAGGCCUUCACAUUCAAGUCUGGUAUUGGAUACCUGCUGUCCUCUGAAAGGCUUUACCGCCUGGCUUUCCCUGUCAUUGAAGGUCUUCUGCGCUGGGAGCAAGGUGGUGUGACACAGAGCUGUGACCUCAUGGUUGAGCCAGUGUCCCGCAGACAGAGACUUCUCCCAGAGUCGGUAGAAGUGUGUAUGAAAGGAGUUCUGCAGGGCUGGGAUGCCUCAUCUCUGACCCAAGUGUCCACAGAGUCAUGGGUGAUUCGGUCCUCCAGCAGAAGUGACCAGGAAGCUGCUGCCUUCCAACAUCUCCUUCUGGAACUAUCUGCUCACGCUCUUCACAUGCUUGCGGAUGUGAUUGACAGCGGCCUGGUGUGCUCAGCCGUCCUCUCCCCCAUGUCAAACUCUACAGCUCUGCUCACCAUUCUCCAGCCUGGAGUCACUCAACGCGACACACUUCUGACCACAGAGAACAUCGACCCUUCCACAGCUGAGACAUCCACUGACCUGCCAGAUGUUGUGAGCAGUGUUCUUGGAGUAGUGUAUGACAUCAUGGAGAAGGAUGGUGACAUUGUCGAUGACAAGCUUAAUGAUCAACCAGUUUCUGAGUGGGCUCAGCGAGAAGUCGAUCAUUGCCAACUGACUACAGGCGUGUUGGAAACUUGGUUUCCUCAAUCAGACCAGUCAGGAGUGACCUCUCAUUUGAUGGAGUCGAUUCGAUUGUUGCAUGCAGUGCCAGAGCAAAGAGAAGAGGAGGAGUUGUCUGUCCUACAGCAGGAGCUGAUCAGUGGUUUGUCUGAUCUUUACCAGACGUCCCAGGGUACAGACAACAAGAGGGGCAAAAAACGUGGUGCCCAGCGCACACCAGUGAAACAGAAGAUGAAGACCAUGAGCCGCUCCCUGCAGAUGCUGAAUGUGGCCCGGCUGAAUGUGAAGGACCAAAAGAACCAAGCUGAGGCCGAGCAGUUGGGGGGAGAGAGCAAGGGGCCAGACAGAAAGGGGAAGAGACACUCAAGUGACAGAAACAAAUCUGUGGGAGCAAAAGCCAUCAGUUUCACUAGUGAGGAGGAGCUCCUGUCCCAUCUGAAGUCCAGCUACGAUAAGACUCUGGCAGACAGAGACUUGUCCAUUGUCACUGCGGUCCAGCAGCUCCUGUUUGCUGUGAAAAUCUUUCUUGGAGCAGAAUCCCAUCUGGAGACAAAGAUCUCCCUGUUUGUCCAGCAGCAUCUCCUCAAGACCAGCAAAUCAGUGAGGCAGCUCUAUGGCACUGCUGCUGAUGUUAAUAGCAAAGUCAGAGAGUGCCAGCUUCAGGGGGUGUUGAGGUUGGAGUUGUGCAGACUUUCCUCCUCAGACCAGUCUGACUCAUUGGAUGCCGAACAGAUGGCAGAAGAGGUGGCUGAAAUGCUCAGGAUAAUCUCUCUAUCCAAGGACCCAGGUUGCCUGACAAGGUUCCUUCAAGAUGAAGUUCUUCCAGGGUUCCUGACUGCUGUCCCCAGGGUGCUUGCAGACAUUUACAACAGUCUGGGCACCCAGCUCCCUGAGGCUUUGGUGGCUGUUCUGCCCGCUGACUUCUUCAGCGAUGACUCUGUUGCCAAGGACAGCGCGUCUCCUUCAACCUGCUCAUCGCCCUUUUCCACACACAGCCUGGUUUCAGAUGGCAAAAGUUGCCUGCAGGACCUGCGAAAUCGCCCAGCCAACAAGAGGAGGAGUGGGAUGUUGACUCGUCAUCGCAGCAUGACUGAAUCAUCUCAGAGUCUUCGUCAAAUAGAGAUGCCCAAAAAGACUACAAGAGCUUCGAAGUCAAAGGUGUGUGUUGCCUUGGAAAAGCCUGUUGCACAAACACAACCUCAGAAACAAGAAACACAAGAGGUGACCAAGGUGAGAAGAAACCUUUUCAACCAAGAGAUUGUUUCACCUUCAAAGAAAUCCAAGCUGCCGAGGAGCCAGUCUGUCUCUGCUGUGGAAGGACUGAAACGCAAGCGAUCUAAUGAGUCCGACGACAGACACAAACUCCUCACGAAGAAGGUGUGUGAGACACCACAUCACAAGCAGGUGUCCAGUCGCCUUCUUUACCAGCAGAAAUUUGGAAGGAAAUCUCUCCCAAAUGAGGAGUGCAUUGUGGAAGAGUCGCCAGUAAAACCUGCAGAAGAUCUAAGAAGGAGUCCCAGGAUUAAGAAGUUUGCUCAAAGAUACUCGAACACCUUCUACUCAAGUUCUCAACCUCGCUCACGCAACCUAGACAGGGCUCUCUCUGCAUCCCAGCUGACUCUCAGUGACGGCAAAAUCUGCGAGCUCAACGUAAAAUCAGUGCGGUCUCCCAUGCGACUCCUUUUUGGGGCUACUGACUCCCCUUGUCAUCUCUCUGACCAGAGUGGAGCAGCAAGAGCCACCAGAUCACGACUUUUCACAGACUCCAGUGUCUUUGAGAGCCCAAAUAAAACUCCAACAAAGUCGCCCGGCAAACAUGGGAUGGACGUUCUUGGGAACAGAACCCCGAAAACAUCCAGGACUCGAGGAACCCCCAAAACGCCACCUUCAUCCAGGAUCAGUGUUUGCUCUGUUGUAGAGAGUCCUGCUGCUGGAAGCUCUCAUGAGCUUAGUAUGGCUCUGAGGGGCAGUCCUUUCAGAUCACCAGCCAGAAGGACUCUCGUUGUAGAGACACCAACCAAGGAAAGCCCUAUGAGAAGCCCGCUGAAGGGUAUUCUUAGGACUCCAGUCAAAGCCUUGGUUGAAUGCAGUUCCUCCUCUGGAUCACAUAGGCUCAGUAGCCCAGUUUCCAACACUCCCAAGAAGAGUGUCACAUGGUCUCCAUCUCCUCGGAAGUUUAGAGUUGUGGAGAACAGCACCACCUUCAAAGUACCAGAGAUGCCUGGUAUGUCAUCUCGAAGGUCUCCGAUACAGCUGAACACACCCAACAAGUUCAGCAGUCCUGUCAAACACACAAAUACUAAAAGGGACAUUUUCAAAACCCCAGAGAAGACUUGUCAAGUGAGUCUAGUGAGGGUUUCUGAAAGUUUAAGUAGUGUUAUUUCAGCACAGGAAACCGUUCACAACAGGAUGAAGACACCUGAAAAAAAUGGAACACUGCUGGCAAUGCCUCCUCCACAAUCUACUUCCCCUCUACACCACCUCUCACCUAAACCAGACACCAGAGCUCAAAACAGGACCCCGAGUCCUACUUAUCAAAUGAUUACCCGCUCUGGGAGAACUCCAGGCAAAAGUUCAAACAGUGCAUCCCCGUGUAAAGGAGAAUUCACACCAGCAAGAAGGAGUCCUGUUAUAGAAGGUUCAGAUACUGAAGUAAAGUCUCCAGCAAAGUCCCUGACAAGGAGGAGGUCGGGUCAAGGCAAAAUAACCACUAGACAUAACUUAAGAUCCAUGUCUGGUGAGAAUGUUCAAUCAGAAUCUACUGAGAACUGUGUCUUUGUGGAAAAAAACAUGCAGUCAGAUACAAAAGCAGAGGCACAGACUGAACCUUCCCAUGCCUCUGACUCUAGUUCCCAUACUGAUUCACAGCAAUUAGACUCUUCAUGUUUUAACCCUUCUACCACAGAUGAUGAAAGUAUGGACAUUGUUGAUGCAGAAGUUGUAAAGACCCAGUUUAGUGGUGGGCUCAAGAUGAACAUUAGUUUUUCACGAAAAACUUCAAAAUCGGGUGAAAACUUUCUGUCAAGCACAGCCUCGCCUACACCACCUGUGCUGCCCCAAGGUACACCCGGGCGCAACUAUGGCUUCCGGCAGACACCUGACCGACAACAGAGGGAGGCUGCUGCUCGUUUGGGGUACGGAAACGAUUCCCCUCGUUUUUCCACUCCGAGAGGCCCUGCAAGACGACAGAAGGGCACCUGUACUCCAAACCCUCUGUCCUACCAAGUAGAGAUGGAAAUGCAAACAUCUGGACUUCCUAAGCUCAAAUUCAAACGCACAGAUUCCAUGAAUGCAGGGGAUUUGGCCUCAGAUGGAGGUCCUCGACCUGGUACUCGGAGCCCUUUAGUUGGUGUGAAGCCUUCUCUGCUGGAAAGCCCCUUGGCUUUGUUUUCUAAACAUAGAGAACCUGGAUGUGUCUCACCAUCUAUCUGCACUCAUGUCACUCCAGCCAAAAGCACACCUGGAAAAGGUGGAAGUGUCCAAACAUACAUCUGCCAGACAUACACCCCUACACGGCAUCCUGGAGGAACAAUGUCUCCCCCAGUGGUAAUUCCAGAGAUAAUCCCCCUGACUCCUUCCCCUCAGAGCAUGGGGAAGGUGACUCCGGACAAUCUCAACAGUUGGCCUCGCAGGAAGAGAGCUCAGGUUGGAGUGUUUGGUGGCAGAGAUCAUGGCCUGAAGGGGGAGCCACUGCUGGAGGAAUUGCUACAGGAAGCUGAACUUGGAGUUAGCAGAUUACAGGACAAUGAUGACAUGGAUGAGGUUUCAAACAACAAAUCUAUAAUAUUAGCUCUUACUUCCAAACCGUCACACCCAUUCCCAGGGGAUGCAUCUCCUCCUUCUCCUCUGGUAGACUUGCACUGGAUAGAGAAGCUGUCUGAGCAGGCUGACUGCACGGACCCUCAAAGAGGUGAAGAAGAAAACGUCAGGGCUGCUGCAAAUGGAGCUGUCAAGUCAGUAGCGACUCCUCCCAGCUCAAAGGUGACCAAACCAGUGACGGUGAGUGGGAUUUUAGCUCUGACUAACUCUCCAUUGCUGUUCAAAUCUGGAUCUGCUAGUAAGAGAACACCAAAUUUUAAAGAUGAGGCUGCUUCAGGGCAGAGGCUAGAAGUGGAUGGAGGGGAUCACUCGCCCUUCAGCCAGCCAAUCAGAAGCUCAAAUAAAGGGAAAAGCUACAGCAGGAAGAGACUGCUACACUGAACCACUGAACUGUUGGGCAAGCAAAGCAGAGAGACGGUCCAUUUUGUGUUUAACUAUGAAGCUGUGACCCUUUCUUUACCUUAUGUUGUCCAAAGGGCUUCUGAUGGCAGAUCUUAACCACUUUCAAGCACCACUUGAAAGACUUUGAAGAUGAACGAAUGAUGCUUUCAGUGUCUUCCACUAAUAUUUUUGACCCUCUUCGUGCGUAUCAGUACUUUAAGAUUUAACAUUAGAAGUAUAUUUAACACAUUUCUGCCAAGUGUUAAAAAAUGACCUUUACUGUUUGUAUGUUUCCUGUAUGGUCCUCUGUGAAGCUAAACCCUCAGGAAAAAGUGAUAUUAAAUGUUGUCAUCGUUUUUAAGAUUUUAAUCAGCCAUUUACAAUCAAGUUAAAGCUGUUGAAAGAAGUUUUAUUCAUGUCUAUUUAUUAGUUUGUUCUUGUCAUAAAAUUGCUGUGAAGUAAAGGGGAUGCCCUUAUGAUUGAUUCAGGUUGUAAACAUGUUGCCAAAGUCUUAUGUAAAUAAAUAUCCAUUUUCUUUA